AUGGCGAAAUGUAUAAAGAUCUCAACCUUCUUCGCCCUCAUUGCGCUUAUCACUUCUGUUUCUGCGCUACCAUCCUCCCAGAGCGUGGAUGUUGAGCCAGCAGAGCUAAUCAAGUCCAGAGCGGCUGACGAUAGCUGGAUGAAUUCGGUUAUCUCUUCUCACAACACAAAUCGUGCAGCCUAUGGUGCAUCAGCUGUAACCUGGAAUGCUAACUUGUACCCUGGUGCACUUUCAUGGGCGCAGGCAUGCAAGUUUCAACAUAGCGGAGGAAACUAUGGAGAGAACCUUUACGCAGCAAGUGGCAGUAGCAACAUUAUGGCGGAUGGCAUGAAAGCGUGGAUGUCGGAAGCCUCUAAAUACGAUUACAAUAACCCUGGAUUUUCUUCCGCGACUGGCCAUUUUACACAGGUGGUAUGGAAGGCUACGACCCAGGUUGCUUGUGCAUCGGCAAAUUGUCCGGCUGGAACCAUCUUUCCAACGCUACCAGCCACAUACCUAGUCUGCCGCUAUUCACCUCCUGGAAAUGUCAUGGGCCAAUUCCGGCAAAAUGUAGGCCGUCAUGUGUAG